AUGGCGUUCACUAUCUAUCAAAUUUUUCUUGCCGUUUUAAUGUUAAUAACUGGCUCUUUAAAUACACUUUCAACUAAAUGGGCAGAUAGACAAAAUGCAUUUUUUUGUGAUAAAGUAACAAAUGGUACCUUUCAACAUCCAUUUUUACAGGCAACAGGCAUGUUUCUUGGAGAAUUUUUAUGUUUAUUGUUAUUUAAAUUCUUAUGGUUUUCGACGUUAAAAUAUCGUACUGUACAAUUGAAAACAGUUGAAGGUGGUGUUCCUCCAUUGAUGCUGUCGAUUGUUUCUCCGUUAGUUGAAGGAGAUCAAACAUUUAAUCCACUUAUUUUCUGGGUGGCAUCUAUAUGUGAUAUGUUAUCAACGUGUUUAUCGUACAUAGGGUUAAAUUAUACAACAGCCAGUAGUUUUCAAAUGUUAAGAGGAUCUGUGAUGAUUUUUACAGCAUUAUUAAGUAUCAUUUUUCUUAAAAAGAAGUUAACGUUGUAUAAUUGGAUUGGGUUACUAACGGUAGUUGCCGGUUUGACAGUUGUAGGUGUAUCAGAUAUUCUUUUUGAUAAAUCAGAUAUUAAGCUGGUAUAUAAAAUAGCUGGGGAUUUGUUAAUUCUGGUGGCACAAAUUUUCACUGCUUCUCAAGUAGUUUAUGAAGAACGAUUUAUCUCCAAAUACAACAUACCACCACUCCAAGCCGUCGGUUGGGAAGGUAUAUUUGGAUUUGGAACGCUGGGACUGUUAUUAAUUCCAUUUUAUUUUAUCAAAAUUGGUAAAAGUAAUACAGGACCGGCCCAUCGAUUAGAAGAUAUUCCAGAAGCAUUUUGUCAGAUGAAAAGUAAUGGAAUUAUUAUCGUGGCAACAGUUGGAAACAUAUUCAGUAUCGCAUUUUUCAACUUUGCCGGUAUAAGUAUCACAAAAGAAUUAUCCUCUACAACACGAAUGGUACUCGACAGCGGUCGUACAUUGGUUAUUUGGAUGGUUAGUUUAGCAUUACGAUGGCAAAAAUUUUAUCCGUUGCAAAUAGUUGGUUUUCUACUCUUAAUUAUUGGCAUGGGUAUUUAUAACGGUGUAUGGCUUCAUUUAAUAAGAAAAUUCAUCCGUCGUCAACCAGUCGAUGAUGAGACCAUCACUAUGACUGAAGAUCAUAAAAUAGCAAUAGCAGAUGAUGUUGUGCAACUGAGAUGGCAACGUGUGGAAACUAGUGAAAUCGAACAAACAAUAAUAAAGUCAUCCGAACAAGUAUCAGAUUGUGUGGUUAUCAAACAUACAGAGAAUGAAAAACACGAACAUUUAAUUGCUUAUGUUCAACAACCGUCGUCUAUUGUUGACAAGGAUUUAUCGCAAAUACGAAGCUAUUGUCAACUGCACUUACCUCGCCACAUGGUUCCAUCAUUAUUUAUCAUUCUCGAUCGAUUGCCACUUAAUUCAACUGGAAAACUUGAUCGUCGUUGCUUACCAAAGCCAGAUUUUAGCCAAACCGGUAGUCUAGAUCAUCAUGUUGAACCACAAACACCGUUAGAAAAAUAUAUACACGAUGUAUGGUGUCGAAUGUUAUCACAAGACAAAAUAUCAAUCACAAAUAAAAUGGAAUUAGAUUCAGAAUUACCAUCGGAUAUGUUAGAAGUGAAAGACGUGGAAGAAAAUCUUUGUGAUAGAAAUGAUAUUUUAUUGACUGGUGCAGAUGGUUUUCUUGGUAUUUAUCUUCUAAAUGAAUUAUUAUGUCAAACACAAUCAAACAAUAUUUAUUGUUUAAUACAAUCAUCAUUUACAGAUGUUACAGAUUUAUUGAAAGAGUUUGAUUUGUACACAAGUUACUCUAUCGAAAGAAUUAUUCCGAUCCAAGGGAAUCUGUCUCAACACCAUUUGGGAUUAACAGAUGCUCAGUGGUUACAUUUGUGUCGAAAUAUUCGAACAAUUUAUCAUUGUGAUGAAAUAGUCAAUUACGCUGCCAAGUACGAGGAUCACCGAUUGGUAAAUGUCAAUGGGACGCUGACAAUCAUACGUUUAGCUACAAUGAAACGUAUCAAAACACUUAAUUAUGUUUCAACGCUGGAUGUAGCCACCAAUAAAAUGUUAAACGGUUAUGUUCAGAGUAAAUAUGUUGGAGAGUGUAUUGUGCAACAAUCGCAUGAGCAACUAAGGCUAGAUGAGGGAAUAUUUCGACCGGAUACUUUUCUUUCCUCCUUCAAUAAUAAACUGUUUCCAGAAAUUCUGUGCUUAUAUUUUUAG